AUGUCUGCUUCAGUCACCGCCUCCACCUCUCUCCCUGACAACCCUCGCCCGAGUCGCCUACGCCGCUUCAGCCAGUUACGAACCUACACGCAAGGUUUGUCUUCAACCGGCAGUGGGCAGCAGCGUUCAUCCAGAACCAGUCUGAGUAGUCGAGUUCCUUGGCGCUCCUCAACUUCAGGCUCAAAUUCUCCGCCAGUGGGGGACUCCACAGUUCCAUGCCCUGAAACCGAACCUACUCUCUCCCGUUAUACUUCCGCGCCAGCUCCAAGCCACGGCUUCAGUGACCUCAACGGCCACGCAUCGUCUACGGAGUCUACCCCUUCGACUCCUUUGGACGAAGUGAUCGAGACACCUCAUGUUAUGGCGCGGCUGAGGAGCGCGUCCGCCGCUCAGCGUCCACCCCCUCGCACACUGGAACGGUCCUCGACUACAAACUCCCAAGAAUCCACCCCGUCCCCUGAACCAAGUGCAGCUCCAAAUAAUGCGACCGAGCCCACCAGCGCCCCCGCAGAAUCGACAACCCCACCAAAACCAGAAACAAAGGCGACUAUUCGGUUCUUCCCCUACUCGGACACUGUCCAGAGCAACAGACCAUCACUGCCCUUCGUUCCUGUCACCCGAACCCUCCCAUCCGAAAGCUGUGUCAUCCGCGUCGGUCGAUAUUCUGAGCGCGAUGGCGUUCCCAUUCCCAACCCAACCGAACCUACGGACACCCCCGUAGGAUUCAAGUCGAAGGUUGUGAGCCGGAAACACUGUGAAUUUUUGUACGUCAACGGACAGUGGCACAUCAAAGAUGUUGGUAGCUCGUCGGGAACAUUUUUGAAUCACAUGCGCCUGAGUCAGCCGAACAUGGUGUCCCGUCUGUACUCCAUCAAAGAUGGCGAUAUCGUGCAGUUGGGUAUCGACUUCCGCGGAGGAGAAGAAAUGAUCUUCCGAUGCGUUCGAAUCCGGAUUGAAUGUAAUCGAUCGUGGCAGCAGAAACCCAAUGAAUUCAACAAAAACACCGAGAGUCUGAUCAAAAACUUGGGCAAGGGUGAGACCGCCGAUUACUCGGGCUGUCGCGAAUGCUCUAUUUGCCUUGGCUCUGUCCUGCGACCCUACCAAUGUUUGUUCAUGGCAGCUUGCGCGCACGUCUGGCAUUACAAAUGUAUUAGUCGUCUAAUCCACUCGCCCGAUUACCCAAUGUUCCAAUGCCCAAAUUGUCGCGCGUUUACCGAUCUCAGCGCUGAAGUCGACGACUCCAAUGAAGCCGAUGAAAAGCGAGAGAAAGAAGCGGAAGACAAGCCAUCUAGUCACUCUGGGGAACCUGAAACAGAAGCAACUUCAAUCGUUGAAACAGGAAACACAGACGAUCUGCACGAACAUCUGGCAGAUCUUCCCGAAGAAGCAAUGCUGGCCAAUAAUGUUGAAAACUUGCACCUAGAGGACGACGACCAGCAUACCGAUGACGCUCUAAGCAUAGCCUCUCCUGUUCUGAGCUCCAGCAAUGACGACCUCGCUCGCAGCGCCUCUGUGAACCUCCCCGGCUGGCAGCCAUCGCAACCACUCAGCGUGCCCGCAGGUCGCCCACCGCAUUUACGAUCUGAUACCCCCACGUCCGACGACAAUCCAUUGACCCCGCGAAAUGAUUCCGGUCCUCUGGCAUUUGAUGGCCGAGCAGGCAUGCCGUAA